UUUGGUUUCAGAGGGUUUUGUCUUCGUGAGCGGGUUGUGGGAUAGGAUAUUUGUGCUGGUUCCUCGAGUUGUUUGUUUAAGAAAUUAGUUUUUUUGAUAAUAUUGAAAUAAGCUCUGUGAAAAAUGACUACUUUGGAACUGUAUACGAAGGGUGCGAAGGUAUGGAUCCCUCACCCCGAAAAGGUAUGGGAAGGCGCCGAACUUGAAGAAGACUACAAAACAAACAAAAAAACCCUUCAAGUAUUAACAGAAAACAACGAGAAGAAAACCCUUACGAUCAAAUCAGAAACUGAUCUACCCUAUCUAAGGAACCCUUCAAUUUUAGUAGGCGAAAAUGAUCUUACAUCGCUCUCUUACCUACACGAACCUGCCGUACUUUACAAUUUGCAAGUGCGAUUCUGUCAAAAUCGAGACAUUUACACCUACUGUGGGAUUGUUUUGGUUGCCAUUAAUCCUUACGAUGAUCUUCCUAUUUAUGGCGUCGACACCAUACAAACGUAUAGAGGUCAAGCAAUGGGUGACCUAGAUCCUCACAUAUUCGCCGUUGCCGAAGAAGCAUACACAAAAUUAGAAAGAGAGCAAAGGGACCAAAGUAUUAUCGUAUCAGGAGAAAGCGGAGCCGGUAAAACCGUUUCAGCAAAAUACGCAAUGAGGUAUUUUGCGACUGUAGGGGGCAAUGCAACCGAAACCCAAAUAGAAAAAAAAGUACUAGCCAGUAGUCCUAUCAUGGAGGCAAUCGGCAAUGCGAAAACUACAAGGAAUGAUAACAGUUCUCGAUUUGGAAAGUUUAUAGAACUCCAAUUUAAUAAACAAUUUCAUAUUAGUGGGGCGUCGAUGAGAACAUAUCUCUUGGAAAAAUCGCGAGUCGUCUUUCAGGCUCCCGAUGAACGGAAUUACCACAUUUUCUACCAAUUGUGUUCUGCUAGAAAUCAACUCCCACACUUGCAUCUCGCUGAUCAAGACAGUUUUUAUUAUUUAAAUCAAGGAGAAAGUCCUAAUGUGGACGGAGUCGACGAUUUACAAACCUUUGAAGAAACGCUAAAUGCUUUGAAUCUUCUAGGGUUUAAGAAAUCAGAUCUGGAUGACAUGUUUAAAAUUCUAGCCUCCGUCCUACAUUUAGGAAAUAUUGAGUUUAUCGAAUCAAUCAUUUCUACAGAAAACGAACAAGAUCAAGAAGGUUGUAGUAUACCGGGCACAGACACACACUUGAAAAUCUUAGCAGAGUUACUCGAAAUUGAUUUAAAAGAAAUGCAACAGUGGCUCUGUACUCGAAAAAUUGUUUCAAUGAGAGAAGUCUUCCUUAAGCCAAUGUCAGUUGAAGAUGCUCAAGCAGCCAGAGAUGCUUUAGCGAAGCAUAUUUACGCAGAAUUAUUCAACUGGAUUGUGCUAGUCAUCAACAAGGCUUUAGAAUCCGACAUACCUAGACACAAAUUUAUUGGAGUUCUCGACAUCUACGGCUUUGAAACCUUCGAAACGAAUUCUUUUGAACAAUUUUGUAUUAACUACGCUAACGAAAAACUACAACAACAAUUCAACCUCCACGUCUUUAAAUUGGAGCAAGAGGAAUAUAUCAAAGAAGGAAUCGAAUGGAAAAUGAUUGAUUUUUACGACAAUCAACCCUGCAUAGACCUCAUCGAGACAAAAUUAGGCAUCUUAGAUUUACUAGACGAGGAAUGUCGGAUGCCCAAAGGGACCGAUAGUUCGUGGACAGAGAAAUUAUACUCAAAAUGCGCAAAAUAUUCCCACUUUGGUAAGGCCCGUUUCGGCACUUCCGCUUUCACCAUCAACCACUUCGCCGAUAAAGUCCAAUACGAAAGUAACGGCUUUCUGGAGAAAAAUCGCGACACUGUGAUUGAAGAGCAAAUCUCGGUGGUGAAAAAGAGCAAAAACGAUUUAAUUCGGCGCCUUUUCGGCGACGAUUCACAAAAAUUAGCCGUUCCGAAAGCUAAACUCAAAGUGAUUUCGGCCAAACCUGCCCCAACCUCCCAAAAAACCCACAAAAAAACAGUGGGAUCACAAUUUAGAGACUCACUUAACAUGUUGAUGACCACGUUAAACGCCACAACCCCGCAUUAUGUCCGGUGUAUCAAACCAAACGAUUCGAAAAAACCGUUUGAGUAUAACCCAAAACGGGCGGUUCAACAAUUAAGAGCUUGUGGUGUUUUGGAAACGAUCAGAAUUUCAGCAGCCGGAUUUCCGAGUCGGUGGACUUAUGUUGAUUUCUUCUACCGAUACCGAGUCUUGUGUAAAUUUAAUGACAUCAAAAGGAAUGAUAUGCAACGAACUUGUCAAAAUAUACUAGAUCAGUAUAUUAAAAAUAGAGAUAUGUUUCAAUUCGGGAAAACUAAGAUUUUUUUCCGAGCCGGACAAGUCGCCUAUUUGGAGAAGCUUCGAUCGGACAAACUCAAAGCUUGCUGCAUCAUGAUGCAAAAAACAAUCCGGGCUUUUAUUUGUAAGAAAAAAUACCUUCGAAUCAAGCGUUGUACUAUCAAUAUCCAGAGAUAUGGUCGAGGUUAUUUGGCCCGAAAACUGGCCGAAAAUAUACGACGGGAAAGAGCCGCCAAGACGUUACAGCGAUAUAUUCGAGGGUGGGUGAAACGUGUUCAAUAUCAGAGACUUAAAACAUGUGUGACUGGUAUCCAGAGGUAUGCCAGAGGAUAUUUAGCAAGACGGCGAUACAUGCAGUUGCGAUACAACGCUAAAGCUCUUGUAAUUCAACGCUAUAUGAUAGGGUACUUGGCACGGAAGCGUGUUUUGGCUUACAAGAGAAAAAUCAUCAUAUGCCAAGCUGCGAUUCGCCGAUUCUUGGCGCGAAGACAGUACAAGAAGCUUAAAAUCGAAGCGAGAUCCAUUGAACACGUCAAGAAACUUAACAAAGGCUUGGAGAAUAAGAUCAUCAGUUUGCAGCAAAAGAUUGACGAUAUAACGAAACAAAACGCAGAAUUGAUGACUUAUAAGACCGGAGCUAACGAACUCAAGAAUAAAUUGACUGCGUUCAAGGCGAUGGAAAUUGAAAUUAAGAAUUUGAACGCGCUCCUUAUUGAGAAAAAUAAAGUCAUUAGUAAAUUAGAGGAAGAUAUUAAAUUGGAACGAGACGAAAAAAUGGAUUUGAUUAAUGAGCAUGAAAAGUAUCAACAAGAAACGCAAAAGCAGCGAGAUUUAUGGACACAGGAAACGACCAAAUUGCGUAAAGAACUUGACAAUAUCAACGAAAUCGUUAAAAUGAACCAAAAGGGAGCUGAAGAAAAUCUUAAAGUGCGACUAGAGGAAGAGAAAAUGUUGAUUUUGAACGAGCAAGAUAGUGAUAGAGAAGCUUAUCAGAAACUUUUACAAGAAUAUCAUUCUUUGGAACAGCACUGUGAAGAGCUAGAAAAGCAAUUAAACACUCAGAACCAAAACCAAAGUUCCCAUAGAAGAAAUAUUAGCGAUCUUAGCAGCAUUGACAGUUUCGUUAUUAAUAGUGAUAUUGCUGAAGACCACGGUUACGGUUCCGUAAGAUCAACCACGACUUCGUCGUCACAAAGAGAGAGACUUGAGAAUAUCGAUUGGAAAUGUGAAGGAAAUGUAGAUAGUCAAACACCCAGUACAAGUAGUAGUGACACUAAACAUGAAUCUGAAAACAAUAAAGUUGACGUUGGUUUGGUUCUUAAACUCCAACACAAACUCGCCGAAGUUGAACGCGAAAAACUGCGAAUGCAGAAACGCCUAGAUGAGCUAGACAUGUCUCCUCGGACCGAAAAAGCUGAAAACGCGGCACGAGAUUCGGUUAAAAUUUCAGAACUUGAACUUGUCAACAGCAACUUAAAAACGCAACUCAUGGAACUACAAAACAGCAUUAUUGAAGGGACUGGAAGUUCGAAAAUACACGAACAGAUGCAAUUAUUACACAAUGAACUUGAAAGAAAAACUGAAGAGAUAAUUCAACUCAAAAGUGUUUUGGCCGACCAGACUAACAACAUGAAGUCGCUUGUCAACUCAAAUACUCGAUUAGGUGCGUAUAUUAAUGAGGAUGGAGAGUUAGCCUUGGCUUAUGAAACUCAAAAAACAAUUAAUAAACAACUCGAGUUGGAGUUACAAGACGAAAAAUCCAAAUUCAAAGCUCACGAACGAGAGUACAAGCUCGAAAUUGAAAAAUUAAGGGAGGAUAAUGAGCGCCAGCAACGACUUUUAUCCGCAAAUCUCACCAACACGCCACAAACACAAAGCGAAGCUUUCAUGCAACAUGAAAUUACAAGACUAACAACGGAAAAUCUUGAUCUACACGACAAAAACGAUACUUUGAUUGAAACAGUCCGCAAACUCAAGAAACAAAUUAAAUUAAUGACGAAAAAACUCAAAGAAGCAGGACUGGAUUUGGACGAUAAUUUUAAUGAAAUUACCGACAACGAAGCUACCAAAACUAAGCACACACGGGCCUUACCGACAAUCAGAAAGAAAGAAAGGGAUUAUUUAGGCAUGUUUUCGUACUCUAGUGGUGAAGAAAAUACAAUUAUGCGACAACUUGUUAUCGAUUUGAAGCCGAGGACUGCAGUUACUUUACUUCCCGGCUUACCAGCUUACAUAGUUUUCAUGUGUAUAAGACACACGGAUUAUGUCAACGACGAAGAUAAAGUCAAAGCCUUACUUUCUGCUUUUACAAACUCCGUAAAGAAAGUGAUAAGAAAGCGACAUGAAGAUUUCGAAACAAUGGCUUUAUGGCUUUCGAAUACUUUAAGAUUAGUGCAUAAUAUGAAACAGUAUAGUGGUGAUCGUGCUUUCCAAUCUAAAAAUACACCAAAACAAAACGAGCAAUGUUUGAGGAAUUUCGACUUAUCGGAAUAUAGACAAGUGCUUUCAGACAUUGCUGUGUGGAUUUAUCAGGGACUUAUACGAAACUUUGCUGAAAAAGUCCAACCACUUAUCGUACCCGCCAUUCUUGAGCAUGAGGAAAUCCCCGGAAUUAGCGGGAGUAAACCUAGUGGAUUUAGAGGGAGGAGUAGUAGUGUAGCAACUAGUCCUGAAGCCAGUCAAAAACCAACUACAGCACUUUUACUGGAAUUAACAAAUCACCACAAGAUUUUGACUUUCUACGGUGUUGAUCCGGAAGUCAUUUCGCAGAUUUUUAAACAAAUAUUUUACUUUUUAUGUGCGUCAAGCCUCAAUAAUCUGCUCUUACGUAAAGAGUUGUGUCACUGGUCGAAAGGCUUCCAAAUUCGACACAAUUUAUCGCAUUUUGAAAUGUGGACUCGUGAAAAAGGCCUUGACGAAGCUUCAAUACAGUCAACUUUACAGCCAAUAAUCCAAGCGGCCCAUUUAUUACAAGCACGAAAAACCGAAGAAGACGUUACUAGCGUUUGCGAAAUGUGUAGCGCUUUAACACCAUUGCAAAUUUGUAAAAUAUUGAAUUUAUACACGCCUGUGGAUGAAUUUGAACAGCGAGUGCCAGUUUCAUUUAUUAGAAAAGUUCAGGCGAAAUUACAAGAACGGACAACAACUGCUGAACAACAAACUCUACUCAUGGAUGUCAAAUAUCACUUUCCAGUACGAUUCCCAUUCAAUCCUUCCGUCAUAUGUUUGGAAGAUAUCGAAAUUCCAGAAAUUCUUAAAUUGCCUCAGUUAGAAAAACUUUAAACAAAUAUCUUAUACACAAAUUCACACAGUAGUACAUUUGCGGUGUUGUAAAUAAUGUGAAGUUAGUCAAAUUUACGUAAAUAAUUAAUUACAUAAACUGCUUAGUGCAGUUUUCUAUCUACACAAAUAUUUUUACAACAUUUCUUUUACAUUGUGAUUAUAGAAUUAUGUGCCCAGUUUUUUAAGGGUGUUAUUUAUUUGUUAUUAUUUCUUGUAAAUAUUUUUUACUUUUGUAAAAAUUGGUGCCAUUCUGUUUGAAAAUUAUGUAAUUGUUGUUUAUCUAGUGUAGAAUUUCAUAAUAAUCUAAGAGAGUCAAUUUAUUUUAAGAAAAAAAUAUUAAAUUAAUGUUGUAAAUUGUAAGCAAUAGUAAAGCGAACUAUAAGCAGAAAUAUUAAUAAUGUGAUUGGACUGUAUUAGUAAAUUCUAUUUUUAUUAGAUACAUAUCUUUUUAGUACAAUCCUGUUUUAAGUGCUUUAUAAUGUGCUUAUAAAAUUGUAAAUUAUUUAUAUACAAGUAUUGAGCUUCUACAAUUUUAUAUAUACAAAGCCUCCGAAUUUGUAGCAUUCUAAUAAUUCCAGAGACAUGUACAUCUUAUUGCACUUUAGACAAUAACUAUUUUCAAUCAUUUAUCCAAAUAUCUGAUCUGAUAUAUAAAAUUGUAGCAGAGUAUAUUGACUAGUUACCCAAAAAGAAGUAUUAUAUAAAUUCUCGUUAAUGUUAAAAGAAUUUAGGAAACUGUUAUUUGUGAUUUGUGAUAUUUUAUUGUCAGUUAAAAGAAUAUUUCAUAGUUUAAUUUAAAAUUGUAUCUAUAAAGACAAGUGUGUAAAAAAGUAUGAAAUAGACGAUCAGCAAAAAAUA